AUGCCGGGGACGGCCAUCUGCCUGCUGCGCUGCGACCUGCGGGCCCACGAUAACCAGGUGCUCCACUGGGCUCAGGGCAACGCAGAUUUCGUUGUUCCCCUCUACUGCUUCGACCCGCGGCACUACCGGGGCACCCACUGCUACGGCUUCCCGAAGAUGGGCCCCCAUCGGCUCAGGUUUUUGCUGGAAAGCGUGAAGGAUCUAAGGGAAACGCUCAAGAAAAAAGGAAGUACCCUGGUUGUGAGGAAGGGGAAGCCGGAAGAUGUGGUCCGUGAUCUGAUUACUCAGUUGGGCUCUGUCAGCGCUGUGGCUUUCCAUGAAGAGGCCACGCAGGAGGAGCUGGAUGUGGAGAAGGGGCUGUGCCAGGUGUGUGGUCAGCACGGCGUGAAGAUCCAGACGUUCUGGGCAUCCACGCUGUAUCACCGGGACGACCUUCCCUUCAGGCCUAUUGCCAGGUUGCCUGAUGUCUACACCCAGUUCCGAAAAGCGGUGGAAUCGCAGGCGAAGGUCCGGCCAACCCUGCGGAUGGCAGAUCGGCUAAAGCCUCUGGCUCCAGGGGUGGAAGAAGGGUGUAUCCCUACAAUGGAGGAUUUGGGACAGAAGGAUCCUGUGACUGAUCCACGAACAGCCUUCCCCUGCAGUGGAGGAGAGGCCCAGGCUUUAAAGAGACUGCAGUAUUAUUUCUGGGACACGAACCUGGUUGCCUCUUACAAGGAGACUCGGAAUGGACUGCUGGGAAUGGAUUACUCAACUAAAUUUGCACCAUGGCUGGCGCUGGGCUGCAUUUCACCUCGAUACAUCUACGAGCAGAUCCAGAAGUAUGAAGGGGAGAGAACGGCAAAUCAGAGCACAUACUGGGUCCUGUUUGAACUGCUGUGGCGGGAUUACUUUCGAUUCGUGGCCCUGAAGUAUGGCAAAAGGAUUUUCUCAUUAAAAGGGCUUCAAAGUAAAGAGGUCCCCUGGAAAAAGGACCUUCAGCUCUUUGACUCUUGGAAAGAGGGCAAGACGGGCGUUCCUUUUGUCGACGCCAACAUGCGGGAGCUGGCUGCGACGGGCUUCAUGUCGAACAGAGGGCGGCAGAACGUCGCCAGCUUUCUCACCAAGGACCUGGGUCUGGACUGGCGGAUGGGGGCGGAGUGGUUCGAAUACCUGCUGGUGGAUUACGACGUUUGUAGCAAUUACGGCAAUUGGUUGUACAGCGCUGGCAUUGGCAACGACCCGCGGGACAACAGGAAGUUUAACGUGAUAAAACAAGGCCUGGAUUACGAUGGCAGCGGGGAGUACGUCCGGCUGUGGGUCCCAGAGCUGCAGGGCCUGAAGGGAGCGGACGCCCACACCCCCUGGGCCCUGGGCAGCGCUGCGCUCUCCCAGGCGGGAGUGACUCUGGGUGAGACCUACCCGGAGCCCCAGGAAAGACGUCCCCACCCUGGGGGCAGGAGAGGACCUGCACCCGCGCCAGCGCAGAGCAAGGGCAGAGGGAUAGAUUUUUACUUCUCUCGCAAGAAAGACGUCUGA